ACCCGGACGCCGCGCCCGGGCCGCUGACCUCGUUUCCUUCCAAGGAGCGAAGUAAAAUAAGUGUUUCUCUGUUUAGGUGCGAGGACCCAAAAAUGACAAUCCAGUGGGUGGCAGUUGCAAGCUUUCUGUAUGCCGAAAUAGGACUCAUUUUACUCUUCUGUGUACCUUUCAUUUCUCCUCAGAGAUGGCAGAAGAUUUUGUCAUUUAAGGUCUGGGGUAAAAUUGCAACAUUUUGGAACAAGGCUUUCCUAACAAUUAUAAUCCUGUUGAUUGUUCUAUUUCUAGAUGCUAUCAGAGAAGUGAGGAAAUACUCCUAUGCUCAUUCCCUGGAGAAGAUCACAACCACCAAAACUACUAGUGCCUAUGAACAUACGCAGAUGAAACUUUUCAGAUCGCAAAGAAAUCUUUACAUUUCAGGAUUUUCAUUAUUUUUUUGGCUGGUAUUGAGACGUCUGGUAACACUUAUUACUCAACUGGCAAAAGAACUAUCAAACAAAGGAGUACUUAAAACUCAAGCAGAAAAUACUAAUAAAGCUGCCAAGAGAUUCAUGGAAGAGAACGAAAAACUAAAACGGAUCCUGAAAAGCCCUGGCCCAGAUGAGGAACACGUUUUGGAAGCAGAAAAUAAAAAACUAGUAGAAGACCAGGAAAAACUGAAAACCGAAUUAAAGACGACUUCAGCUGCCCUUUCUAAGGCACAAAACGAUGUGAUGACAAUGAAGAUGCAAUCAGACAGACUUUCAAAAGAAUAUGAUCGACUCUUAAAAGAACACUCAGAACUUCAGAAUCGUUUUGAAAAAGGCGGUAAGAAAGACCUGUGAACUUUAUAAAAGAAGACUGUGAUAUACCAUGUCAAGAUAAUAAAUUUGUUAUGAUGGCAGCCACAAGAAAAUUUAAAAUUCAGUUUGGAGAAUGCACUAUGAUUGACCAAUAGUUUAUAUUUUUUACUACUACACAUAGGGUGUAUAGUAAUAAUACUGUCAAAAUAUUUGAUAAUGUUUCAGAUAUAUUAUAAAGUGUAUAUUCCAGCUGUUUUAAAAACUGUAAGCAUGUUAAAUGUCAUCUUUACAUUUGAUAAUAACAUUGGUGUAUGAUGGCUGUUUACAGAUAAAAAAAAAAUUCACUAGCCAGUUACUUCCAAAAUUAGAUUUUUAAAGUUGCAUGAAAACAUUAAUACCCUUAAAGGCUUUGAUGCCUUUUCAUUACUAAUAUAAUUGGAUGAUGAUGCUAAUGUAUUUGAAAGUAGUGCUUACUAUCAGCAAAUUUGUUUACAUGGAAAUUAAAUAAGGAUAAAUAAUAAGAAUUAGCCACUAUGUUUAUAGAAAAGACUUAGAAAGAAUAAUGAAAACAAUGACCUUUUUUUUUAAGAUUGAUAGUACUAUGGUUUGCUAUAAUAAGACAGCUAUAUUGGUAAUUAUAUUUUUGUUACUGUUGGACUUUUUUAUUGACCUUUGUGCUAGUACCACAUAAUUAGUAAGUAUUCUACCUUUUCAGAUUCCUCUAGCAGUAGGGUUUAUAUCUCUUUGCAUAGCUGUCACAGCACUGAACUGAACUUACUUUGCAUUGUGGAAUUUUUGACUUAAAAAGUUAAUAUGUAACAUAUCCAAAAAACUGUUUUCUCUGGAUUUGAGAGUUCUACAAAUAUUACCUCAAACUUACGCACACUGGUGUCAUGUAGUUUCGCUGAGAUGUUUCUGUAUUCUGAAUAUUAAAUAUUAUUUUUCCAUUCAAUACUCAUUUAGAGCUAAUGAUUGUAAUAUUGAUUUGAUUUUGGUUGUUUUCGUGUUUAAACAUAAAGAUCCACUUCCUUGUCUCAUAAAGAUCUAACUAUAAAAGAAAAUGAAAAAUAA